ACCCGGAAGCGGAAGCCGGCACACGCCGUGCAGUAUUGAGGCAGAGGCGGGAGAGGCCAGUUGCUGGGAUUGUGACCGUUACAGGAGCCGGAGCCGGAGCCGGGGUAGCGGCGCACAGGUCUGAGGAGCCAUGACGACCUCCCAGAAGCACCGGGACUUCGUGGCGGAGCCCAUGGGGGACAAGCCCGUGUGCUGCCUGGCGGGCAUCGGAGAAGUGCUAGGCAAGAAGCUGGAGGACAAGGGUUUCGACAAGGCCUAUGUGGUUCUAGGCCAGUUCCUGGUGCUGAAAAAAGACGAGGACCUCUUCCGGGAGUGGCUCAAAGACACCUGCGGGGCAAAUGCCAAGCAGUCUCGGGAUUGCUUUGGCUGCCUUCGAGAGUGGUGUGAUGCCUUCUUGUGAGCCCUGUGCCUGGGGGCCGGCCCCCCUUUACCCCUCAGAUGGGCUUCACAGUUAGCACCCCCAAGUGGGAAAUCCUGUCCCUCCUUCCCUUCCCACUCCCAAGAAAAGGAAAGAUUUUUGCUGCCGCCCCUCCUUGGGACACCUUCCCCCCUCCACUCGUUUUGACACAAGUCUCCCCGCCCGCACCUCAGCAUGUCUCCUGUCCCGUAAAUUCCAGUGGCGAUAGUUAUUAGCUUUCCUGGGUGGGUCUCUGGAGUGACUUCCCCACUCCCUAAACCCCCACUUCUUGUUUCUUUUAUGCCAUUUGGAUAGUUUUGGCAAAAGAACAUUCACUGCCAUUGUAAAGCGUUUUUUAAAACUAAUAAAAGUCAGCAGCCUUGA